UUUACCCCACUCGACGACCUUCACCAUUCAUAUUGGUGUUCUGUGUUGCCUGAGGUUUGCCCUGUCUUUCGCACCUUUCAACGCUGCAUAUUCAGAAAGCUGAGCCAAAGUACUGCGAAAUACCCUUUAUCAGAGGACGAAGACUCGUCACCUUUCCGAGGUGUCCUGUACGAAGCUGGAAGUGAAUUACUCACCCAGUGCCAAGUUCAGUCGAAUUGCGCCAUACCAAAGAAGUUGCCUAACGAAGCAAUGAUUCAGGACUCACUACCAAAUCAAUCGCUCACUCCCAACGAGUUCGGCUUCGAACAAACCAUCAUCUAG